GUUUCAGUUAAAUAAGUCUUAGACAUGUGUCAAAUGUGACAGACGUCCAACAAGUUUUAAAAUUUCAGUGAACCGAUCACUAUCAUUAUGAGCAAAUAUUCCUCCUGGUGCCCCAACUGGAAAACUCACUGUCCCAAUUAUCAGCAAAAAAAUGUUUGUACUGAUACACCAUCACCUCUCGCUAAACUAAAUUCAGUUUGUGACAAAACUGAGGGUCAAAACUGGACAGUGCUUGACUGUGAUGAAGCCACUGAUUUUUUUAACCGAUUUUUGGGACCAACUGCUGAUGAAGUUUUUCUCACAGGAUUGCAAGCCAUUAUGGAAAUUUGUAAUCGAUUUGUGACCUGUGAUAAACCGGAGGUUGAGAAAGAAACAAAUAAAUUGAAAGAGACAUGUAGUAUUGAAACUUCAGAAUGUGACACCAUGACUUGCCCACAAUUCACGGUUUCGAGUUGCAUGCAAACACACGAUGAAGAACCAUGUCGCGACGACAAUUCGUACAAAAAAACCAAAAUGUGCAUUUGUUGCAAAUGCAACAAACCCCUUCAAGAAGACUACAUCGAGAUCCAAAAAACCGCAAAUACACCCAAAAUGUGUAUUUGCUGCAAAUGUUUCAAAUCAGAAUUAGUCAAACCUCGAGAAACUGUUUCUCGAAAAACUAGUUGUCCAAAUACUGAUUUAAAAACCAAGCCUUGCAAAUGUAAACCUAACAAGGAACCUGUUCCUCAAAAAACAACUUGUUCAAACACUGAAUUCAAAAAACCGUGCAAAUGUUGCAAAUGCGCCAAGCAAUCCAAAGUCAAAGUGUGCAGAUGCUACGACUGCCACGUUCCAGUCGUCUGUAAAAAGGAGGGAUAUUUUGACCGCCUCAAAUCGAUUGUAAAGUGCAAGUGUGACGCUUGCUUGAAGAAACGGCGCAGUAAAAGUAACACUCGUCUCGGUUUUGCCAAAGGAGACACUUGUAAUUUUUGAUUCGUUUAGUCCAGAUUUUAGUUUUUUGCAAUAUCUAUUCAAUCGCGUAAAAGCAAAUAAUGAAAGCAUUGACAUCGUCCCAGUAAGCAAACUAACGUAAAA